AAGCCACUCGUGAAAGCACAUAAAAAGAACUUUUAAAAAAAAUUUUAAGAAACAAUUAUCUAACCAUAUUUUUAUCACACAUAUGUACAUACACAUACAUAUAUAUAUAUGACAUCAGUAUCUUUUCCCUUGACCAAAUGCCGCCUUAACAAUAGAACCCAAAAAGGUCGAGCUAAUAAAGAAGUCUACCCACCCAAACAGUAGACAGUAAGUAAAUAAGGUCUGCUCAAAACUUCUCAUUAGAUAAACAAGCCCCUUAAAUUCUCUUCUUCCACCUCCAAGUACCUUAAGCUCUUCCACACCACUUCUUUUCUCUUGGCUUCGUUAAGAAAAACAAAGAGAAGCUCAAUAUUUGAAAAAUGGGGUCACCAUCUUCCAGCUUCCUCAACCACAACAAAACCUUAGUCCUCAAAAUUUCCAUGAUUCUAUUCUUCGUGAGCUGUGUACCUUACAGAACCACCCAAUGUUUGGGGAAGACAAGAAGUCACCCUCCUAUACACUCUACUUCUAACGUGCUUUCAUCCUUAGAAACACUAAGCCUAGAUGGAUACUUCAGCUUCAAAAACAAUCAACAAGCAGCUAAAGAUUUUGGCAAUAUUUAUCACAUGCGUCCCUUAGCAGUUCUACAUCCACAUUCGAUUGGUGACAUUUCAAUCACAGUAAAGCAUAUUUUUCAAAUGGGUUCAGGAACCGAACUUACAGUUGCUGCAAGGGGCCACGGCCAUUCCCUUCAAGGGCAGGCACAAGCCUUUCAAGGCGUGGUUAUCAACAUGGAGUCCCUAAAGGAACCAGCCAUGCAGGUUCACAGUGGAACAUUGCCGUGGGUGGACGUUUCUGGUGGAGAGCUGUGGAUAAAUAUCUUACACGAAACGCUUAAAUAUGGUUUAGCGCCAAAAUCUUGGACUGACUACCUUCAUCUUUCCGUGGGGGGUACACUAUCAAAUGCUGGUAUUAGUGGGCAAGCUUUUAGACAUGGACCUCAAAUCAAUAACGUCUACCAGCUUGAAGUUGUCACAGGAAAGGGAGAGGUAGUUACCUGUUCGGAGCAGCAUAAUGCCGAUCUGUUUUAUGGUGUACUAGGAGGACUUGGUCAGUUUGGCAUCAUCACAAGGGCAAGGAUUUCUCUCGAAUCAGCACCGAAAAUGGUAAAGUGGAUAAGAACCUUGUACUCAGACUUCACAAUAUUCUCCAAGGACCAAGAGCAUCUGAUAUCCUCCAAGUUCUCCUUCGAUUAUAUUGAAGGCUUUGUUCUAAUAAACAGAACUGGUAUCCUAAAUAAUUGGAGAUCUUCCUUUGAUCCCAAAGACCCGAUUAAAGCCAGCCAAUUUGUCGCAGAUGGAACAACUCUGUACUGUCUAGAAUUGGCCAUGUACUUCAAAUCUGAAGAGACUGAGUCUAUGAACAAGAGAGUUGAGAAGUUGCUAUCACAAUUGAGCUACAUUCCAUCCACUCUCUUUCUAUCAGAAGUUCCUUACGUGGAGUUUCUGGAUAGAGUGCACAUAUCUGAGAAAAAACUAAGGGCAAAAGGAUUGUGGGAGGUUCCUCACCCUUGGCUGAAUCUAAUGAUCCCAAGAAGCAACAUAAAUGAUUUUGCUACAGAGGUGUUUGGCAACAUACUUUCAGAUUCUAGCAAUGGUCCCAUCCUAAUCUACCCGUUUAACAAAUCCAAGUAGUUGUUUCAUUAGAUUUAGUCUCUUGCCCAUUAAAAUCCAACAUACAUAUUAUUUACCCAUCCUAAUACAAAUCAGUUUGGGUUAUACAGGUGGAACAAUAAAACUUCAAUGGUCACACCAGACGAAGACAUUUUCUACCUAGUGGGUUUCUUAUUUUCUGCACUGCCAACUUCAACUGGAAAAGAGAGCGUAGAACACAUUUUAGCCCAAAACCAAAAAAUU